AUGGUGUCUCCUGCUAUUGCUCUGGCAUUCCUUCCCCUCCUGCUGACACUGAUUAUCAGGUACCGCUUCUACUUUGUGCUGUUCUAUCGGGCGGUCCUGGUCAGGACAUGGAAGGACUGUGUUACUGGUCUGAGCCGAGAGGAGCGCGCCUACCAGCAUGUUCUCACUCAUGCCAUUCCCGGAGACCCUGACAGCAUCCUGGAUGCCUUCGAUGUCUGGUGCAGCAAGGUGGAGUUCAUCAGCAACAUUGGGCCUAAAAAAGGGAAGAUCCUGGACCGGCUGCUGAUGGAGCAGAGCCCUCUCACAGUUCUGGAGCUGGGUGCCCACUGCGGAUACAGCACCGUGCGCAUCGCCCGGGCUCUGCCCCUGGGUGCCAGGCUCUACAGCAUUGAGAUGGACCAGAGGAAUGCUGCCAUUGCUGAGAAAAUCAUCCGCCUGGCAGGGUUUGACGAUGACACGGUGGAGCUUAUUGUGAAUCCAUCUGAUGAGGUGAUCCCUCGGCUACGGUCGGACUAUGGUCUAGAAAGGCUGGAUUUUGUCUUCAUGGACCACUGGAAGAAAUGCUACACCCCUGAUCUGCAGGUGACUAUAAUGAAUCAUUAG